ACCAAAGCCCACUUUUCUAAAUUCUCUGGUUUUAUCGUUGACCUUCACCUUAACACAAAAUAUAUUUCUGUCAUCUCAUUUGUAACUCAGUAGACACCUGCUUUUAGUAAAUAACUUGUUUGUCACACAUGAAUAAAAGAGAUGAAAUUGCAUUUGCAUUACGCUGCUGCGCACUCACAACAGCAAUUAUUGAUGACGUAGCCAUUCUUUUGGCUCAAGUAUUUUUCUAUGAUCAGUUCCUAUCUUAUAGCAUCUUCCCAGCUGGGUACUAGAAGCAUCUAGGGAUGAAACAAAAGAUGGCCAUGUCUUCGACUUGUCAAGUUGAAGAGCCUCCUGUUUUUCAAGUAGGAGUAGCUGCUGACGCUGUUCUUUCAACUAAGUAGUACUGGAGCCUCCAGCUGUUCUUUUGAUACUCCUAGACCUAGUCCGAGUUGGACUAGUAGUAGUAGCUAGCAGAGCGAGUUGAUGAACGACGACAUCAACAUGAUACCGAGUCAUGAUGCCUCUUCUUCUGCUUGUGUGUCCUCAAACAAGUGGUUUUGCUGCGACAGGAGGUGCAAACGACCACAACUCUCAGUACAAGAGGACAAGAACAGAAGCGAAGAGCAAAUCCAGAUCCAGAAGAUCCAGAACGGAAUCAACAAGGUCAACAAGAUCUACAACAACAAGCGGUUGCGGACUUUAUCCUGCUCCUCAACAAGGAUGAUGUGCAAAAGAAAGAAGCUCAGUAAAUCGACAAGCAAUUAUAAGAUGAAUAAAAGAGGACAAGAUACCAGAGUAGCCGGCAGUUGCUGUGCUGUUCUUGAUGUUGCUGCUCUUCUAGUGUAUGACCUGUUGCCGGCAGCUGCUGCGGUGCCCCUGGUCAUAAUGCUAGUGUGGGACAUCAGUGGACGAGGUAGCAACUCGAGGGGUUUCUUCGUUGCAGCUACGAGUAGUGCUGGGCAAUUCGCCACCUGUGGGGAUAUCGUGAUAUCAGCCGCAACGCUAUACGAACAGGAGCUUGCCCGACGAAUGCAAGAAACCGGAGCACAAAAUCCAGGAGAAGGAAGGCGACUAAUGGGACUCCAGCAAACCAUGGCAGCCGCCAGGUCCAAGGCUCUAAGUGCGAGCACCCCAACGGACAUGCUAGACUUUGUCCUGAUUGUCAUACCGCCAUACUGUGGAAAUUAUAUCCCUCGAUACACAAAGGAAAGUCAAGAGUUGGACGCGCGCACAUUUGCAUACAGGAAAGUAUUUAACCAGAAAAGUCAGGCGGAGCAAAGGGAAUUUCUGCUAGUAACGCCAAGGCCGGUCGAGAUUGACCAACAAGCAGGACAAGCAGGUGUGGCGGCUGCUGUUCCGAAGGCAGCCUCACAAUGCUGCCUACCAUCACAAAGUGGGACGACAGCGCCUGGGCCAAGUCGUGACAUUCUUGCACAGAAAGCACACCAGCUGCAUGCAAGUCGAGAAUUGCAGAGCGCCGGAGCAGCGCAGCCGGCGAGAUUUCGAGGCACCAGGCGAGCGGCAAGCGCAGGCGCCAAGAACGGCGACGGAUCAUCAUCAUGUUCUUGUGACGAGGAAUCAUUAUCAUGUUGUGAGUAGGAACAUACUUCGGAGAAGUAGUAGGAGCAUCCUUCGGAGAAGUAGUAGGGAUGUCCUUCAGGGAUUAGUAGAGGACACUACGUUUCAGGGGCGAUUCGUAGAGGACACUACUUUUCAGGGGCGAUUCGUAGAGGACACUACUUUUCAGUUGCGAUUCGCAGAUGAUGCUGCUUUUCGGGGUUGACUUGUAGAGGACACUACUUUUCAGGGGCGACUCGUAGAGGACACUACUUUUCAGGGGCGAUUCAUAGAGGAUGCUACUUUUCAAGGGAGACUCGUAGAGGAUGCUACGUACUUUUCAGGGAAUGACUUUGAUUAUUAGUGCCGCAACACGUUUGACUUGACUUUUCUUCUCUCGGUUUUUGUUUUUUCUAGUUAGGUCUGCUCCACCAACAUUAUUAGUGACGCAACAAAUAUAGAUUUGCAUUUUUCAAAAAAUCAAAUAAUUAAGCACAGGAUGAAUUUAUUUCUAAAGCACCGCGCCGCUUUUUUUUCAACCUUUGCAACAAAUAACACAGCAUAAGUAUCUAUGUAUGAGAUUAAUAGCAUGGGAAUAUAGAAACGUGUCGCAGCAUAAAGAAGCACUAGCCUCCACAAGCUUCGCCCGGGUUCAAGUUUAGCACUUUUCUGCCUCCCACGGUCUACAGCCGCUAGAGUAGAGACAGCCCGCGGGUGGGCUGUUGCGCUCUGCAAAUUGGCCACGACACGAGCCGAGUGCCGGCGCUGGCCGACUCAGGUGCGUCGACUCGUGGGCAGAGAAUUGCGCUGCCUUCGUUUUUUUAUGGGAUCGCCGGGAGGGUCAUGCAAAUUCUUAAGAAUUUGCAAGACCCUCACGGCAGUCCAACAAAAAAACCAGAAGAGGGCCACCAGACACGCACAAGAAUCCGCAAACCCCAGCGCGCGCGAACGCUUCGCGGUGGCACCAGGCAAGAACGAGGGGCGACCUUGAUGGGUCAAACAAGAAAAGGCAACGCAUGGCCGCGCUGCUUGGGUCUCUCUACGCGCCUACAGCUGGCGGGGCUUCGUCUUUGCUUCGUCCAACGCCUUUCGUCAGAAACAGAAGGGCGCACCUCGCGGGAGGGUGGGGCGCCGCUGAAGGGCGGCGCCCCUCGUCAGGCUGACGGCUUUCGCCAGGAUGGAGACUGACGCCUUUCGUCAGACUGAUGCCUUUCGUCAGGCCAGCGCGCUGCGCCAGACUGACGGCCUUCGCCGGGCAGGCCGGCGCCCCUCGGCAGGCGCCUUGGGUCAGGCUGCGGCUUUUCUUCUGGGCGGCGUCUCUCGUCCGGCUAACGUCUCUCGUCAGACUGAAGCGCUUCGCCUGACUGGCGACUAAGUCCGCUGCUGGGCCAAGGCUGACGCCUUUGGUCUGGUUCGUUCGUUGAUGGCUUUCUUCAGCUUGGCGCUCUUCGUCAGGCUGAUGCGCUGAGACUGAGCAGGUGACGCCUCUCGCCAGGCUGGCGCACUACUUCGCCAGGAGGCUGCCAUGCGUCGGAACAGGCUGAGCCAGUGGCGCCUUUCUUCGGGCUGCGGAUGUCUUUCGUCAGAUAGAGGCCUUUCGCCGGACUGAUGUUUUUCGCCAGAGUGACCGCUUUCGUCGGGCUGACUUCUUUCGUCAGAGGUCUCCUCGAUCGUCAAGUGCCUAUCGCCACCUUUCUCUCGUCAGUUUUUUUGACAAUCAAAGGCCGCUCGUCUGAGGUCUGUCGUCGCGGGUCUCUUGUCAAAGGUCUUUUGUCAGCGGCCUUCUCGUCCGAGGUCUCUUCGUCAAAGGGCUUCCGUCAAGAGUCUUCUGCCAGAGGUCUUUCGCCGGAGGUCUUUCGGCAAAUGUUUCUCUUCUUCAGACUUGUGUCCCCAGAUUGCGCCACUACCCCAGUCGGCCGGGCAUUUUUCUGGCUUCUUUUCUGGUAGUUUGCCACGGGGCCGCAGCGUAAUCCCCAACAGGAAAACGGUCGGUGGCUAUCGGGGUUCGAGAUUGAGGGGAAGGGGCCGGAAGCUAUGGGCGAGAGCCUCGCGGGGGAAGCGGAGUGCUGUCCGGUGGGGUAGGCGGCGAGUUUUGUGGCGGUGAUCCGUGGGGCGGUGAUAAUAUAGGCUGACAAUGAAGACUAAUAUAUAAGAUAGAUUAAUAAGCUAGACUG